AUAUCCCUCUAUCGGCCGCAGCGAAACCACGCCUACUGCAGACGUCAAUAGGCAGUGCCGUGCACAGAGAAAACGCAAACGCCGACGGUGAACCGAGCCACGUCGGGCCCCGACCGUGUAAAACACUUUUCGAGCCCGUCGCUCGCAUACGAAAUCGUCGACGAUGACCGACCACCACACCCGUCGUUCGGGACCGAUCGGCGGCGAUUCGAUCAUUCGACAAAUUACGCUCUAUUAUUGUUCUUUUUCGUUCAUCGACGAGAAAACUACGGAACCCGACGAAAGAUCUACUACGUAGGAUUUCCAUCCUAUUCCUGUUCUUCACGCGCUUUGGGUAUUUCCUGAACCGCCGCGGUUCACCGCAUCGUGUUACAGCGCUUCGGAGAAACCGCGUUUACCCUUGGAACCUCGCGAAAAAACUGGUCGGACCCCCCAGUUCCGGUUCUUGAUCUCGCGAGUCCCCGCGAUCCAGACUGCGCGCGGAGCAACCGGUUUAUUCGAAUAUCUUCUCACGAUUUGCAACAGCUUUCUUCGGUUCUACGGAUUUAUGAGUCGAGGGAACACCUCCGUCAGUCCUCUGUAUCUACUACUUCUACUAGAUCGUUUGCUUCGAGUUUGCCUUCCUGUAACUGCGACGAUUUCGCGGAAUCGAUAAAGACAGAACGUAUAGACAGGUUCGUCUGGUCGCGACGCCUGGCCGUUACAUUUAUUAUUACAGAAAAUAAAAUAGUUCAACCAGUUGAAAACGAUGAACGGCACACGGAAGUUCAGUUGAGAUAAGGGUACGCGCGUGAGCGGCACUCUGUGUCCACACCGGAAAUCUCUAAUUCGAUAACACCGCGCGACUGGAAAGAACCCGUGGUGGUCGCCGUGGAACGAGAACCGUGUCAGAUAUUAGUUCUCGUACCACCGGAUGUUAUUGAGAAACGUCGAAACGUUAAAAGGAUCGACAAACAGAACGUACGCUCCUGAGGAUAGUCGUCGGAAACGAUGUUCCAGCUGCGCAUGAGAAGGGCGAAACGCACGCGCUCUUACGCUCCGUUUACGCUUCUACACCUACACCUUUAUUUUUCGUUUCCGUUUCCUCCUUUUUGGCGAACUCGGAUCGCGACCCGAUUGCACGGCAAACGGUAAAUCGAACCGCGAUAGUCGCAGCGACGACGCGUUCAACCGCGCCACGGACUGGCAUACGAACGUGUGGGCGAGGAAAAGAUAAAAGAGGAGACGAGCUUCGGUCAAUUAUCACACGGUGCGAACCAACAAUUAUUAUCAUUCGAUACCGAAGUCGGGCGGGGAGAGAGAGAGAGCUGAUGUGCGUGCGGAUCGUCGUGCUUGCAUUCGCGUGAACCUACUCGCCGGUGCGCGUUCGUCCGACUCGCCUCCCGAUAAAACGAUCAUGCUACGGCACGUGGUAGCGGCGUUAACGUUAGCGGCCUUCGCCAGCGCCGAGAGCGUCUUAAUGACCGAGGUGUUCGUCAUUCCGAUCAGGCCAGAGACUUUCGACUGGAUCAGCGACGCGCGAUCCGAUCAAUUCUCGUAUCAACCCUCGCUGCUGAACGCGCCCGACCUCCCCUCGUGGAUCCACUACACGUACAGCAAAAGGGAUCACCAUGGUUUCCUCUACGGUGUCCCGCCGAAAGACCAGAAAUACUUCCAGCUGGAGAUCGUGGGCCUGAACAGACACACCUACGAAACCAGAUACAAGGUCCUGGACAUGACCGUCCUCGAGAAGGAGAACCUGACAAAGUACGAGGUUCAUUUAAAGAUCGAUAAUCUAAACGUGGAGGACAUGUUCGACCGCAACAGAACCGAGAAGCUCCUCGAUAUAUUUAGAAGGAGGCUGUGGAGAGAAGCGACGGACCUUUACAUCACUUUCCUAGCAUCCGCAGUCGAGCUCGGUGCUCGACUGCCUCUGAAACCGAGCGAGGGCGAGGGAGUCGUGAUAAGGCUGGGGAGUUCGGCGCCGUUCUCGCAAGAAUUGAACGAGCUUCAGGAAGAGGUGAAGCCGUUGUGGAAGCUGAAGUCGUGUCCCAGAGACUUCAAGCGCACCAGCGUCGAGAGGCUCUUCAGGGAAGCGGAGUUCACCUUGGAUUGGUGCUCCUUCAGACUGAUGGAACAGGAGCAGCAAGGUCUGCAGCACGAGAGCGCGAGGCGAGGGCCGAGCAUGAACGUGUUCGGUUUACCAGCGUCGGAGAUCUCGGAGCACACGGAGUGGCGUUGGGCCAGGUCGACGAAGGCCAGCAUUCCCACCCGGAGUUAUUUCAAGGAAAUCGUCACGACGAUCUUCGUCCCGACGAGCCUGCUUCUCGCGCUGGCCGCAUUGCUGAGCACCGUGUUGUGUUUGAAUCACGAGAAAAUGAACGAUCCCGAGUCCGAAGAGUAUUUCUACGAGUUAUUUAAUAUGUUUCUCGGGCAGAGAAGAACCAGUGAGAAAAGGGAGACGUCGAUGGGAGAAGGAGUCAGCAAGAAUAAUAUCCAGAUGGUUCAGUACGCUGCUAUCGAAAAGGGGACUUUGAAAUCGCUCUCGGCUCAGCCUUCUAGUCCGAACGAUUCUUUGCUACGAAGUCCCGGGACGUCGAACGAACGUUGCAAUCCGUACAUUCGACCCAACCCACCGCCGUACAUGGGACAGACUAAUCUAGGCGGUAUUCGAGCGGAUUUCUGACUACACGAGGAGCCAGAGAAAACGUGGUUUUGCUGAGAACGAUAUCGAAACUGUCAAAGAUAAUCGCAAAAUCAUCGGAACUGGCUCCGAUAGCAUUUCGUACGCACCUUUAAUUACAACGCUUCCGCUGCUACUUAAUUAUAUACAUAUCUUCUAUUAAAUUAUACAUGUAAAUUAUACGUAGUUUAUUUAAUAAAUGAA